GAGGUGAUCAGAGGCAAGAGUUGAGGUAUGACCAAACGUGCGGUGGUUCACUUCACCUGCACGCAGUGAAGCAGACACUGGACACCCACACACCGGCCGAAUGCGUGAAGGAAAGCUGUUAGUUGCUCUAUAUUUGGAAGAAUGUCAGUCUUUAUUAGCCACAGGUGGUCCACGGUGAGGCAGGUGUUGACAGCGACGCUGCUGCUUCUCUCUGCUGGCCUCUUGAUUUCUUGGAAUGUGGAAUAUGAGUCUUUCGCCGUAAGAGUGGAGGACGCAAAAGCACGAAGCGAUGCCCUGGAGCAGCAUGUCAAGGACAUGUGCAAGACCAUGCGAUUCCCAGAUGCAGGGAUGCAGAAAACGACUGGAUACAUGUUUUACGACGACGCGAGGAAGGUGAUUUACUGCUCCAUUCCCAAGGUGGCGAGCACCAGCUGGAAGAAACUGUUGAUAAAGAUUACGGAAAUACCAACUAUAAACGUAUCAACAAUCAGCAAGUAUGACGCUCACAGGACACUUCCGCUGCUAGUCUUUGACAAAAAUAAGGAAGAAAAAUUAAGAACAUACAAGAAGUUUAUGGUGGUGCGUCACCCCUUCGACCGGAUCCUCUCUGCAUACAGGGACAAGCUGGAGGACUGGGAGCCUGCCGAUAGCGUCUUCCAUAAGAUGGUUGGGAAGAAAAUACAGAAACUCAGAGACAACCCAAACAAGAAGGAGACAGACAACAUCACCUUCACGGAGUACAUUCGCUUCAUCUCUCAGCCGGGACGCGGGACUGUGGAGCAGCGAAACGAGCACUGGUUGCCGAUGCAUGAAAUAUGCCACCCCUGCGCCAUACAGUACGACUUUAUUGGCAAGUAUGAAAACCUGAAGGAGGAUUCGGAGUAUCUGCUGAAGUGGCUGGGCGUGACAGACCUGAUGGGCACGUUUCCUGCAGCAAUUAGGCCCUUCCACGCCAGCCGCCACGACCCCAGGUACUUCGGCCAGCUCAGCAACCAGGAAAUCAUGGCCUUCUUCGCCAAAUACUUGCCAGACUUUAUGUUAUUCGACUACGACUUUGUGUGACUUUGGAACAUGUCUGUGAGGUGACAAUGGUGAUGCAGGUCACUGGAAAGUCUGUCAUAACUUGGCAUGCCACAGCCUGGUGGGACAUAGCGUGAUGCAGCAGUGGAAGAACACACAAGGAUGUAAAUAAUCACGUCUA